AGCGUCUGAGGCGGUUGAUUGGGAGUAGGCGUCCUGAGUACCACCAGGAACUGCUUUAGCCGCGGCGGGGAGACGCCCCGUUGCGGGUGCCGACUCUAUGGGGCCGUGAGGAUACAGCCCUGACGAAAAAGGGGCCUUGUGCCGGGCGCGGAGCCGCCGGAAGGAUGGAAGAUCAGGCAGCUCCGGGCUCUGGGGGUGGCGACGAGCCCCCGGGCCCUACCAAGAUGAAUGCAAAACGGAGCGGGCGCUCCUCGGAGGAGGAGACCCGGAACAAGACGAAGUUGAAUAUCCAAAUAAAAACUUUGGCAGAUGAUGUGCGUGACAGAAUAACAAGCUUCAGGAAAUCCACAGUGAGAAAAGAGAAACCGUUAAUUCAGCACCAUGUUGACACACAACCUCCUAUUAGUGAAAUUCCCCUCGCCCAGGCGCUUCUGGAUGAACGAUGCAUGAACUUAUCUGAAAAGGAGGUUAUGGAUCUCUUUGAAAAGAUGAUGGAGGACAUGAAUCUUAACGAAGAACGGAAAGCUCCUCUAAGAGAGAAGGAUUUAUCCACAAAACGUGAGAUGGUUGUCCAGUACAUUUCUGCCACUGCUAAAUCUAUAGUCGGAAGUAAAGUUCCGGGUGGACUCAAAAAUAGCAAACAUGAAUGCACGCUGUCAUCUCAAGAGUAUAUUCAUGAGUUACGAUCUGGAAUUGCAGAAGAAAAACUUCUUAACUGCCUUGAAUCGUUGAGAGUGUCUUUAACCAGCAACCCAGUUAGCUGGGUUAACAAUUUUGGACAUGAAGGCCUCGGACUACUUUUGGAUGCCUUGGAAAGGCUUUUGGAUAAGAAACAACAAGAAAAUAUUGACAAGAAGAAUCAACAUAAACUCAUCCAAUGCCUUAAAGCUUUCAUGAACAACAAAUAUGGACUGCAGCGGAUUCUUGGAGAUGAAAGAAGUCUUUUACUUCUGUCAAGAGCGAUCGAUCCAAAACAACCGCAUAUGAUGACAGAAACAGUGAAAAUACUUUCUGCCAUUUGCAUUGUUGGAGAGGAAAGAAUUCUGGACAAGGUCUUAGGAGCCAUAACAACUGCUGCUGAAAGGAAUAAUAGAGAACGCUUCUCUCCAGUUGUUGAAGGACUGGAGAACCAUGAAUUCUUACAACUGCAGGUAGCCUGCAUGCAGUUCAUCAAUGCCCUUGUUACAUCUCCAGAAGAACUUGAUUUCAGAAUUCACUUGAGAAAUGAGUUUUUACGUUGUGGCCUGAAGAAAAUAUUGCCUGCCUUGAAAGAGAAGGAGAAUGAAGAGCUUGAUAUUCAGUUGAAAGUGUUUGAUGAGAGCAAAGAAGAAGACUUGAUUGAACUGUCGCAUCGUCUCAAUGAUAUCAGAGUUGAAAUGGAUGAUGUGAAUGAAGUAUUUCAAUUUCUGUAUAAUAUGUUGAAAGAUACUUCUUCUGAAAACCACUUUUUGUCAAUUCUACAACACUUCCUUCUCAUCAGGAAUGAUUACUAUGUCCGACCUCAGUAUUACAAGAUAAUUGAAGAAUGUGUAUCACAGAUAGUAUUGCACAGCAGUGGCAUGGACCCAGAUUUUAGUUGCCGAGGAAGAAUGGACGUAGAUUUUUCUCACCUUAUUGAUGCAAGCGUAGACAAAACUAAAGUAGAAGAGAGUGAGAAAAAAGCAGCAGAAUUUUCCAAGAAAUUUGAUGAGGAGUUCAUAGCUAGACAAGAGGCACAAGCAGCACUUCAGAAACGAGAGGAGAAAAUCAAAGAACUUGAAACAGAAAUCAAACGAUUACGAAGCCAGGUUCCUCCUCCAGCGAGUGUGAAUGUGCUGCCUUCUUCUGCAGCAUCUCUGCUACCCGGUGGAACAGUACCACCUUCCCCACCUGCUCUAUCCAGUGGGGUGGUUCCUCUGCCGCCGCCACCACCACCACCACUACCUGGUGGAGCUGCAAUUCCUCCUGCGCCUCCGCUACCUGGUGGAGCUGCAAUUCCUCCUGCGCCUCCGCUGCCUGGUGGAACAGUAGUUCCUCCUCCGCCUCCGCUGCCUGGUGGAGCAGCCGUAAUUCCUCCUCCGCCUCCGCUGCCUGGUGGAGCAGCCGUAAUUCCUCCUCCGCCUCCUCUGCCUGGUGGAGCAGCCGUAAUUCCUCCUCCGCCUCCUCUGCCUGGUGGAGCAGCCGUAAUUCCUCCUCCGCCUCCGCUGCCUGGUGGAGCAGCCGUAAUUCCUCCUCCUCCUCCGCUGCCUGGUGGAGCAGCUGUAAUUCCUCCUCCGCCUCUGCUGCCUGGUGGAACAGUAAUUCCUCCUCCGCCUCCGCUGCCUGGUGGAGCAGCAGCAGUGCUGCCACCACCGCCUCCGCUGCCUGGUGGAACAAUUCCUCCUCCGCCUCCACUGUUUGGUGGAGCAGUUCCUCCUCCACCUCCAUUGCCUGGUGGUGGAGCAGGGCCUCCACCUCCACCUCCUGGUGGGCCUCCAAUGGCACCAUCUCUUGGAAGUUAUCCAUUUGCUCCUGUUCCAGUGAUGCCAGCAUUACCACAUGGAAUGAAGGAGAAGAAAAAAUAUAACGUGGAAGUAUCUAUGAAGAGAAUCAACUGGUCCAAGAUUGAGCCUUACAAGAUAGCAGAAAAUAGCUUCUGGGUGAAAGCUGAAGAAAAUAAAUUUGAAAGCCCAGAACUAUUUGCAAGAUUGGCAGUCACCUUUGGAACACAAAUGAAAGCUAAAAAGGCAGUAGAAAAACAAGAAGAGAAGAAAACAGAACAGUCAAAGAAAAAGAACAAAGUAUUAAGAGUUUUGGAUGGAAAAACUUCACAAAACUUAUCAAUAUUUUUGGGUUCUCAACGUAUGCCUUAUGAAGAAAUAAAAAAUAUCAUUUUAGAGGUUAAUGAAGAGAAGCUGACUGAAACCUUUGUUCAGGCUGUAAUAAAGAAUCUCCCUGAACAGAAAGAAAUUAAUGCCUUAGCUGCAUUGCAGGAUGAAUAUAACGAUCUUGCUGAGUCAGAACAAUUUAUAAUCGUGAUGAGUUCAGUGAAACUGUUGAGGUCACGUCUCAAUGCAAUUCUUUUCAAACUUUCAUUUGAAGACCAUAUAAACAAUAUCAAGCCUGGCAUUAUGGCAGUUACACUAGCUUGUGAAGACCUGAGGAAGAGUGAAAGCUUUAGUAAGCUUCUGGAGUUAGUGUUGUUCCUUGGCAACUAUAUGAACACUGGCAGCAGAAAUGAACAGUCUCUUGGUUUUAACAUCACAUUCCUUUGCAAGAUUAUAGAUACUAAAUCAACAGAUCAGAAGACAACCUUACUGCAUUUUCUGGCAGAAGUGUGUGAGGAGAAUUAUCGAGAUAUCUUAAAAUUCACAGAUGACCUGCAGCACGUUGAGAGUGCAAGUAAAGUUUCAGACAAAACUCUUAAGAGCAACCUUGACUCGAUGAACAAACAGAUCCAACGCUUAGAAAGUGACAUUAAGAAUUUCCCUAAAACAGAAGAUGAGCAUGAUAAGUUUGUAGAGAAGAUGAGCGCCUUUGCUGAGAAUGCACGAGAGCAAUAUGACAAGCUGUCCUGCAUGCACAACAACAUGAUGAAAUUAUAUGAGAAUUUAGGAGAAUACUUUACUUUUGACGCCCAAUCAAUAAGCAUAGAAGAAUUCUUUGGUGAUCUGAACAACUUUAGAAUUCUGUUCUUGGAGGCGUUAAAAGAAAACAACAAAAGAAGAGAAAUGGAAGAAAAAAUGAGGAGAGCCAAACAGGCAAGAGAAAAGGCUGAGCAAGAUAGGCUGGAGAGACAGAAAAAGAAGCAACGGUUGCUUGAUAUGAACAAAGAAGGUGAUGAGACAGGAGUGAUGGAUAGUCUCCUCGAGGCCUUGCAGUCAGGAGCUGCAUUCAGAGAUCGUCGGAAGCGUGUACCACGAGAUAACAGACAAGUAUGUUUGGAAGACUCUCGUACUCGCCACAGUGGAACAAGACCAGCUCUAUGAUUCUUCUGAUGCCAAAGAAUUUAGUGAAUUGUUUUAUUUACAAUUACAUGGAUAUAUUUUUAACAGUUUAUCAUCUAAAUUGGCAAUGAUCACAAAAGAUACUGGUAUUGACUAAAUACAAAAGAUGUUUAAAUAAUUUUUUUUAGAUAAUCCACAUACUGUAUCUUAUUACCCCAACUACCAAGAUCUGUAAACAGUGUUUAACAGCAAGAUCUUAUUUUUUUAUGUUCUUUUUUUUUCCUUUUUCCUUUUUUCUUUUUUUCCUUUCCUUUUUUCUUUCUUUUUCUUUUUUUUUAAGCUGAUAAUUUAAAUGAAAGGAGUUGGGGGUUCCUUGAAAGUGCUUUAUAUGGCUACGAAAAUAGACCUUUGUUGAAAGAAUACAGAUGUGGAUUCCAUUUGCAGUUCUCGUUUGGACCUGAAAGGAAAAAAGUAAUAAAAUUGUAUGUUAAAAUUCAGAGAUGAGCUGAUGUACAGAAUCAUUUUUGUAACCAUAAAAAUGCAAUGCGUAGCCCCAGUGAGGUUGCUGGAAAUCUUUAUCGCUAUGUAAAGCCUGGUGGAUUCAGCAAUUUUGGCUGCAAGUAGGAUAUACCACAUAACUACACUUUUGGUGACGUUAAUGAUGUAUAAUUACUUAUCACUGCUAAAAAUAAAAAAAUAAAAAAAAAGAUAAAACAGAGCAUAGGAUUUUACCAAAAUUAAACGAUACUAUGGGCAGAAUAUGUUUUUAACUGAAUAUACGGAGAAAUUUUCUAAUUAUGAACUUAUAUAUUCUUUAUACAGAUAUUUGGGGAAAAUAUGAUUGUCCUAUUUUAAUUAUACUGAAAAUACCUUUGUGUAGGUUUUUAGAUACAGGCUACAUUAUGAAGCUAUUCAGAGCUGCCUCUGAGUUUUUCCUCUGUUUCUCAGGUAAAACAUGUAGCGGGAUCUCUGUGGUGGAUUUUAGUUCUAAGGGUUUAGCAGCUAAGAAUAAGUUUUCUACCUGGAGCACUAUAUAGCAGAGAACAAUGAUUGCAGCAAUCUGAUUUUUUUGGGAAACUCCUCCCAUUCUACUUUGUAUACAGCCCCUGCACUGCAGUACCUCAGGUGAGCAGUCAGCUCGGUAGCUGACACUGUCUAUGUUCUGCCACUCAAGGGGGAACUUAACAGUUCUCUUUUCUCCCCACACUCUAGUUGAAUGUACAGUGUGUUUUGGUGUUCAGGUCAGUCUUCACCAUCCUUUGUACUGAAGACUCAAUGCUUAUUUGGAUGAGAUGGAGGAUUUUAAGUGGGAGUUCCGUGGAACUACUCAUAUGUUGUUCAACUAUGGUAUUUUUUAAAAUGGGAUACAGUGUAGUAGAUGGCACUUAUUCUCAAAUUAUUGCUGAUUGAUGAAUUAGUAUGAAUACUUUUAUUGCCUGGGGUUAUGGGAAACUUCUUUUUUAAUGUUAUAUAAAGAAUAUUUGGAAGUCAUGUUAUUUUCUGUGCACAAACUGCUAGCUCUAGAGGAGCAUUUGAUACUGGGGCGGUGUAAUUUUGCACUACUGCUUGAGCCAAGCGUCUUUGUACAGUAGAUUCUUUUUGCUUAUCUGGUAAGAUACUUUAAAGACUAUCCAGCUACAUAGAGAUAAACAGUUACAAUUUCAAGCUAUGUUCAUAAAUAUACACUUACUCUAAGAAAAGAUAAAAGAUACAGCUCCUUAUCUGUCCAACUAUUGAUUUUUAAAAAAAAUUUUUUUAAAGAAAGGUCUUCAAAGGAUAUGGUUUUUACUCAUUGCUGCAUCACUAAACACAAGAAUGCAAAUGAAGCCUAGUGAAAUGUGUGCUGUCAAUUAAUACUCUACCUGAACAGGGGCUUUUUGUGUUUUUAGUAAUUAAGCAAAGACUUGUAUGGUACUUCAGAAAAAAAAAAAUGCAUGCAACAGGAUUCUGUUCUGUCUCUCAGUUCUUUCAAUAAGAGAUACAAAGAAUUAUAUUCUGUUUUGUGUAAGGUCAAUAUCAACCUUGUUCUCAACCAUAUUAAUUUUGCAGUUAUAAAAAUGUGCUUAAUGUGCAUAGCCAUUUUAAAAAGAUUAGGUGCAUAAUGUCAAUAUAAAUUUGUACUACAAUCAAUAGUGCAUUAAAAUUCAAAUUUUAAAAUGAGCAUUUCGGGAUUUAGAGAUAUUGAUAUCUUUAUAUGUGAAAACUCAACAGCUCAAAGCAGAAUCUUUAUACUGUAGCAGUAAUUAUUAGUGCACAAGUUUUUCAUUUCCAUGGCUGUAUUUUUUAAAAGGUCUGUAAAAGCUGACUGCCGAUUCUCAAGAACCAAAUCUUAGCAAAAAAAAAAAAAAAAAACAAAUCCAAAAGAACAUAAUCAUCUAAUACUUCUAUUUUACUACUAUUUUUUUCGUAUCUGAAACAUUUAUAUAAUUUAAUGGACAUAUCUGUUAGAACAAAAGUGUCUUUCAAAGGAAAACUAGUUUAGAGGAUAAUUUAUGUAAAUAUAGGGUGCUCGUAUUUAUGAAGUCUAAAAUAUUUUCUGAAAUUGAUGCUGGUCACUUUGUCUUUUGAUAGUUUUUUCAGUCUAUAUUAAAUUGCAGCUAUUUUUAAUGUUUUUAUUAUUGAUCUGAUUUUCAGAGUUGUCACGUGUUUCUCUAGAAGUGUAGAGUAGUAGCACCUUUUUCAGAAAUGCACUUGCCUUAUUUUCUAAUUUUAAAAAAAUGAAAUAUAUCAGUUAAAUUAUAUUUGUAUUCAGAAUAAUCCCAGAAAGAAAAUUGCUGGAGGCUUCAUACAUAAAUUUCUCGCUAAUUAUUUUUCACUAAAUGUCCUCUGAGACAUUACGUUAACAGUAUCCUAUCACAUCUGUUUGCAUUCACAUUUUACCAGUUAGAAGUAGUGAGUAUAUUUUUUUUAUGAUGUUACACUGUUUACAUUUCUUAGUUUAUUUAAGAGGAAAAUAAUUUUACCUUCGUAACGAAUUAAACUAAAUUUGCAAUUGACAUGGGAAUGAAUGGUUUAAAUCAUAUACAAAUAUACAUCUCUGUUGCUUAAAACUACUGGCUGAACUGAUCGGAAAUGUAAAGACACACGACAUUUUUGCUCAAGUUUGAUGCAGUUUGCUGAGAAAAAGUGCAAGACGAUUUGUCAUGUAUGUUUGUUUGUGAUUGAGCAAGUAUCUUUUCCCAGCACAUAAGUGAUGUUUGUUUUGUGUUAAGCAUAUUCUGAACUGAUGUUAAAGCCAAAACAAAAUUAGUGCCUCAGAGGGCAUUGACAAACACCUUCAGAAAGCAUUCCUAGAAAUACUUUUACGUAAUUUGUUCUGAUUUUAAACAACCAUAAUCAAUAUGGAAAAUGUUAUCUGGAGUUAGUAAUUCAUUUUUGAAAAUUUAGAGACAAUUGCAAACAUUCCCGUAGUUUUCUUCUGUAUUAUGCAAGCGGUUAUGAAUAUAUGUAUAUUUUUGCAUUUGUAUGUGUGGUAUAUGUACUACCUCAGAGAAAUGCUGUAAAAAAAAAAAAAAAAAAAAAAAAAAAGCCAACAUAUUUUGAUGAUUUCUAUCCAAACCACAGUUCAUCCGUGACCUAAUUCAAAUUCACUCCACAAUGUACAAAUGGUUUGCUAAACUGAGAAUCUGGCUGCGUUUUAGGUUUGGCUCUGGAAAUCUUCCUAUAGCUUUCGUUAAGAAAACUUCGCAGUGUUUUGCUUUGCAUCCCUCAGGCAAAUCAUGCUUUGAUGGGUGAAUUUCGUACAUCCUAUAUUGAGAAUAUAGGAAAUAUUUAAAGCUGGUAAUAGUUACAUGGAAGGAAACUAAUGUAAACUGCUUCUUAUCCAUUAAACAAAGGCUUGGCUGAGUUAUACUUCAGUAUUUGCCUUCUAACUGGUGAGAGGUCACCAUAACAAAUGCUAAGAGAAAAAGCAAUGUAAAGGUAGCUCAUCUCUUAUGUGCCAUAAUGUUACCCAUUUUGAUACAAGUGUUGUAAGAAACCUUCAUGUCCCACAGAGUGUAAAUAAUAAAAAUAAAAUCAAAGCAGAUAAAGCCAAAUCCCUCAGCUUUUUCAGAUCACAUACUGCUUUUGUGCACAAGGAAGAGACAUGUGUAAGCCUGUGUAUUCUGCAAGCUGUCACUAGGCACCCACUGAUUUCAUAAGAAAAAUGUUAAAGGAGAAAGAUUUGUUCUUGUAGUGCUUCUUUUAGUGCUAUUUGAGGUGAUACAUAUGCCACAGAAUGUGAACAAUAAUUGAUUACGGCUUAGUCAGUAUCAUGCGCCAUUUGGUUUCCCUUUUAGAAGUCAUAAGACUCCUGAUGCCAAAAAAAUGAAAGUGACAAAAUUCAUGCAUUUCUAUUUUUUAAUCAGCUCUGUGUUUGUAUGUAAUGUUUUAAAUAGGAAUUUGAUGACAUUACAGCCUGGCCAUUGUUUAUCCAUGUAUUCUGGAAACUGUAAUAAAGAUUAUGUACAUGA